AUGAACUCAUCGGAGUGGCCCACACUUUCUCCAAACUCGUCUUUGAGUCACUCAAACCACAGUGAUGAGUCAAGCAGGUCCAAGUCGAGUGCUUCAACCUGUGAGCAGGUGCACAUUGCACCUGAGGUCUUCCUUACACUGGGCCUCAUCAGCCUGCUUGAAAACAUCCUGGUCAUCCUUGCCAUCGUGAAGAACAAGAACCUCCACUCGCCCAUGUACUUCUUCGUUUGCAGCCUAGCAGUGGCUGACAUGUUAGUGAGUGUAUCCAAUGCAUGGGAGACAAUAGUCAUCCACCUGCUGGCAAACAGGAGUUUGGUGAUUGAGGAUCACUUCAUCCGUCAGAUGGAUAACAUCUUCGAUUCUCUCAUCUGUAUCUCUGUGGUGGCGUCUAUGUGGAGUCUGUUAGCGAUCGCAGUGGAUCGCUAUGUGACUAUCUUCUAUGCUCUUCGCUACCAUAAUAUAAUGACCAUACGGCGAGCUGGGAUUCUCAUCGGCAGCAUCUGGACUUUCUCCACAGGUUGUGGGAUCAUCUUUAUCAUCUACUCUGACACAAAGCCUGUGGUGGUGUGCCUGGUGGCCAUGUUCUUUGCCAUGCUGCUGCUGAUGGCAUCACUCUACAGCCACAUGUUCCUGCUGGCUUGUUCGCAUGUUAAAAGCAUGGCGGCAUUACCAGGCUAUAAUGUCAACAUCAGGCAGAGAGCUAGCAUGAAGGGUGCCGUCACCCUCACUAUACUACUAGGCAUCUUCAUCGUAUGCUGGGUGCCAUUUUUUCUCCAUCUCAUCCUUAUGAUCUCCUGCCCACAGAACAUUUACUGCGUCUGCUUCAUGUCACACUUUAACUUAUACCUGAUACUCAUCAUGUGUAACUCUGUGAUUGACCCACUGAUCUAUGCGCUCAGGAGCCAAGAAAUGAGAAAGACAUUUAAAGAGAUCUUCUGCUACGAUGGACUACACAGUCUCUGGAACCUGGUCAGCAAAUAUUGA